AAUAAUAAAAAAAGAACAUACAAUGCCGGUAUUAUACUCUGGGAGGCGUCUCUGACGAUGAUUCAGAAGGCUAUUGAUCCCACGUACACACUAGGGCUGGUGCAGCGUCUCCCAAUACGUGUACCGCAAAAUAUGCGAAAUUAUUUCCACAACAGAAUUUAAUUUUCGGUUGACCGGCCGCACCCCUCACGAAGCGGAUAAGAUAAGUUAUGAAGCCCAUGCAACAAAGAUCGACUAGGGUCUGACUGAAAUCAGUGUGAUUGGAGCAUUUGCAAUGGGGAAACUUUAUACAGGUGCUUUUAUAUGACAUGAUCGCUUAAUCCACCACAUAUAUAAGGAGAGAUAGAACAUUACUACCAAGUGUGCUCGAGUUUGAAAGUUUGCUUUCGCACUUAAUCAUUGGAAGUUUAGGGGAAAUAUGGAUGAAGAAGUGCAAGACUCCGUUUCGGCUGAAGAGAGCGUUGCUCAAGAACAGCCAGAUAUAGCGCCACCAACGGACGCUCCUGCAGGUGCUGAACAAGAUAUGGACAAUCCAUCUGCAGGUGAUUUAACAGCUGAUGGAACAGACUUUCCUCCACCCCCACCUCCGGAUAGCGAACCCCCGCCUGAACCCGAAUCGGUACCCGAACCGGCACCUGAACCAGCAACUGAACCAGAAUCCGUAAGCGAUUCAGUACCCGAAACUGAACCGGUGCCUGAAACGGAUCCACCAACUGAACCAGCAUCAGAACCAACACCCGAAAUUGACGACGAAGCAAAUGACGUCACAGAUCUUAUAGACAGUGCAGUUGACCCGGAAAUAGAUGAAGCUGCCGUUGACCCCACAGCUGAAAACGAGAUGAUUUCACAAGGCGAGGAGAGUCAGGAACCUGCAGAGGUUACAGUUCACCCCGAGACCGAGUCCCCUGUAUCUGCAGACGGAAAUAGCACGCCCCCACCGAUGUACGACGAGGCAUCCGAGGAAGAAAAACCUCAAGCAAUCUACCAAAACAGCAUGGUAGCCGAGGACACUGACGGCAUCACAACUCUGGACGAAGAGGUCCCUAACGGUCACGGCGUGAACGGUGACCUGGAUCCAAUCAUCAUGAUGUAUUCCAAUGAAAAGACAUCGUCGACGAGGGCUAGACUGAUCUGUUUUGUCAUGUUCUUUAUCGUGGUGGCCAUCACUGUCAUAGCACUGACCUUCUACUUAGUUCUUUACUAUGAGAACAGAGACAGUUCCGACUCAUCGGAAGGUACGGUGGUCACAACGCCGCGUGCCCCAUAGCCCAGAGCGGACUGACACCAAUAGCAUUGGAAACGGAUUUAUAUCGUCACCAUGGUAACCAAACAUUCUCAGGCUGAAACUCAAGGAUUGCCAAAACAAAGACAGGAAUACUGACCUGUCUUCGAGUGGAUGCCAGUUCUAAUAUGCAUGAACAUAAUGAGGAGAAAAAUUGAGUACCCAUAGCCGCACAAGUCCGUUAGCUCUGACAUAAUAAGACGAUACAAAUGUAUAAAGGAAUGUAAAAUUGACCGUAUUAUGGCCUUCCUAAGUUUCAGGGAUUGGAUCUUAAAUCUUACGAAUACUCAUCAAAACGUUCUUUGAAAAAGGUACAGCUCACGUGUUGUAAAAAAUUCUUCAUUUCAUGUAUCAUGUGUAUUUAUACAGUUUUCAGAAGUAUACCUUAAUGCUAGUUGAUAUCUAGAUUAUGUAAAUAUUUAUUUUUGGAGCGGAUUUGUUAAUGUUAUUUUCAUGAACGACCAUAACCACCGUAUAACCAUGUCAGUCGGCAAUGUGAUGUUAUGUUAUAAACGUCAUACACAUUGACGUCAUGGCAUCUCUUAGAGGCUGAAGCCAUUGUCACGCAUCUGCCGGUGAAUCACUGCAUCUGGCCCAUCUCCGAUCCGCUCUCCUUUUAUGUGACCUCCUAUAUCCUCUUUGGGAGGGCGCUAUGAGAUUAUGACGUCAUACGCAUAAGGUCUACUAUGGCUGUACCUGGGGUUCGAGCUGAACAUGGUAUAAUGCUACAAUAAUUCACGCUCUUUA